CUCAGUAAAGCCCACUGUUAGUGAAUGCUUGGGCCAAUGAAAACUGUACUGGCACUACUGUCGAAACUUUCACUUCCAUGGGACGACGUGGCUUGGCAGCAAACCUCCUUCCCUUCCCUUUUUGGUUCUUACCUACUCUCAACUUUUCACUCUUUCCCUUUACUACAUCGCCCUUCUUCAUCCUCAUCUUUCAUCAAUGAUGAAGGCCACACCCACAAUCUCUCGCCUUCUUACCCGAUCAAGCAAUCGCGUCCUUGGUGUCUCUUUGUCCCAACCCGUCUCAUACCCUCUCACCUCACUUCUGCUUCACUCUUCUGCCACUCCAGCCAGAAUCUCGACUGGCCAGACACUUCAGCUCGCUUACCGCAACGGCCUGACUCCCCAUUCAGCCUCUUUCUCGACCUCUAGCCCCUCUCACCAGGAGGCUGCUGCUGUUGCUCCCGCUCCCCAAGUCUCUCCCGCCCCCGUCGCUGACAUGCCGGGUGUUUACGCCGAUAUGGCUGGCCGCCUCGAUGCCCGCCUGCUCAAGGCCCUCGACGCCAUGGGCUAUGCGAACAUGACGCCCGUUCAGGAAAAGGUUCUCAACAUGGGCUCCUUUACCCAGGACUGCCUCGUCCAGGCCAAGACCGGCACCGGCAAGACCAUUGCCUUCCUUCUCCCCGCCCUGCACACGCUCUUGAACGCCAAGGACCUUAACCCUUCCCAGGUCGCCUUGUUGAUCCUGGCUCCCACGCGUGAGCUCGCCCAGCAGAUCGUGGACGAGUGCGAGAAGCUGGUCAGCCAGUGCAAUCCCAGGUUCGAGUGCCAUCUUGCCGUUGGUGGUAGCGCCAAGGCCUCCAGUCUCAGCAAGUUCCUCCGUGGCAAGCCCACCAUCCUUGUGGCCACUCCCGGACGUCUUGAUGACUACCUGUCCGACGAGCGUGUCAGGCAAAAGUUCAACAACCUCCGCUGCUUGGUCCUGGAUGAGGCCGACUGCAUGCUUGAUCAAGGCUUCUUGCCCGCCCUGACCAAAAUCCUCCAAAGCCUGCCUACAAAGCAACAGGCUGGCUGGCAGGGUAUGUGCUUCAGUGCCACGCUCCCUCCCUCGAUCCACAAGGUGCUGCACCACGUUCUUGCUCCUAAGCACGCUCACAUCUCCACUGUCGACGAAAACGAGGCCCCAACCAUCAACAGCGUCCCUCAGUCAUACAUGAAGGUCGACUCAGUUGACGAUGUCCUUCCCACUCUGCACAACCUCCUGUCAGCCGAACGGUUUGACAACCCCAAGCUCAAGGCUGUCGUCUUCUGCUCAACCGCCAGACAGGCCGCUCUCUUGUACACCCUCUUCGGCCACACCGGCGGCGCUUCCCCCGCGAAGCUGCCUGUUUGGCAGAUGCAGUCGCGCAUGAACCAGGCGCAACGCACCAGGACGACCGAGGAGUUCAAGAACACCGAGAGCGGUAUCCUCUUUGCCUCGGACGUGGUCGGACGUGGCUUGGACUUUCCCGACAUCCAUCUUGUCAUCCAGGUUGGAAUUCCCCUUAACAGCGAGCAAUACGUUCACCGUGUCGGAAGAACCGGUCGCGCUGGAAAAGCUGGCCGCGCCGUCUUGAUAGUCACCCCCGAAGACUUUUGGUUUGUGGAGCGCAACCGCCAGUUCCCCAUGGCCCAGUCCAAGCUGGAUCAUCCCAAGGCGGCCGCCGUCGACUCGGCCUCGAUCAUCAGCCAGUCACUGGCCAAGGUUCCCGAUCAGGUCAAGGCCCAGGCCUACGUUGCCUAUCUCGGCUUCGUCAACACCAUGCGCAGCAAGAUGAAGAUCACCCCCGCCCAGAUGGUUCAGGUCGCCAAUCGUUAUGCCUUCUCCCUUGGCUGCGAGGAGCCCCCGGCCAUUGAGGCGUCUACCAUUGGCAAGAUGGGACUCAAGGGUGUUCCUGGCUUGAUCAAGAACACCGGCCCCUCUCUGAGAGGACAGCGGAACGGCGGCAACAGGCCGAACCAAUCUGCACCCCGCGGUGGUGGUCGUGAUGCUGGCCGUGAUGCUGGCCGUGAUGCUGGCCGUGAUGCUGCUCGCGAUGUGGAUGCUUCCUUCUUCGGCAAUGGUUCCAACGGAGGCGCUUCUCGUGGUGGUGGUGGUGGUGGUGGUGGCGGCCGUGGCCGCGGUGGCUUUGGCGGUAGAGGACGUGGUGGCCCUGGCGGUGCCGGUGGCGACAGGAACAGCGGCUUCAAGAAGCCGCGCGACGACUCUGCGCCCCCCGGUUCUUCAGGCGGUUCCCGGAAUAAGAGACCGAGACGCGAGGACAACAGGCGUGAGGCCUUCUGAUUGAUGCCGGACCGCGAGAGAAGCACACGACUGGAGGGAUAGAUCCCUGUUAUUGAUCAUGACAAAGAUACCCAACCUGGCAUUUACGAUACCUUAGUUUUACAAGCACAAACGUUUUGUUUUGUUUCCUUGACGACACCACGAGGACUGAGAUAGACACGGGCAUUUCACAUUAUCACCUAGAGUUUAGAAUUGGUGUUGGAAAAGUUCUAUUCUCUUGUUUGUUAGAUAGACCGGAUAGAGUUAGCAAGGCGUUCAGGCUAGGCCAGGGCACAGUCAUAGACACGAUUUUCAUUUUUUAUUCGAGUUAACCUUUUCAAGCCUC